GAGUCCGAGGCUCUUGCUCAGCCUCUCGCACUCGCCUCGCCCCACCACGAAUAACUACCUGAUGACGUCUCAAGAAUUAACCAAAGCAGUGUUAUUUCAGCCAUGUUGACUAUGGCAGUACAAGAGGACGCCUAGUAUCAUUUUUAAUGUUGGUGUGCUUCAUACGAACGAAAGAAACGUACCUCGACUACGGGCCCGGAACGUUGUCGUAUGACAGUGUCAUGUGUAUGGUUUGAGUGUAUUCGAAGUGAAAUCAUCAGUAUGUAAAAGCUGUAACACUUCUCUGACCCACAUUGCAUUUAAAAUCCGAGUUGGUGUCUUCAGUUCGCGUGCAACAGUUCUAGUGACAACAUGAAGUGAGUGAAGUUUUUAACAUGUCCAAUAAGAAACCGCCCUUUAUGCCGAAAACCAAUGAAACGAUAGUGCCACCCAGAUAUCAACCGCCACCGGUACCCAACAAUCAGGGAAUACUCAAACAUCCCGCACAAAAAGAUGCUAAAAAUUUUACAGGAAAAGCUGGGGAUAACGUAAAUAUACCGAUUACAAAACCCUAUCCAGAGCCCAAAGUGCCUUAUCCAGACCCAAAACUUCAGUACUACUAUCCGAAUCAACCCAACAAACAGUAUCACUACCCAGUAUACCCCCCACAACUCAAAUCGCACCCCGACGAUCAACGACAGACCACCCAAGUACAAAUCCACCAAGACAACCCCAGACCCCGACCAUUAGACGAACCCGGCAUCCCCCAGAUUCACCCUGACCCAAGACAACAACACCGUGUGCCCGUCAGAUACGAAGAGGAAUUCCUCAGACCGGAAAUGCUCAAGUUCGUACGCAAACAAGAUGACCCCAGAAUCAUUCCGGACCAGAACCGACACAUGCAGAGCUAUCUCAUGGAACUGCGUUCGUUGAAAGAGGCCAACCAACACCUCGCCGACGACAACCAGGAGUUACGGGACCUGUGCUGCUUCCUGGACGACGACCGGCAAAAAGGCAGGAAGCUGGCCCGGGAAUGGCAACGGUUCGGACGUUACACAGCCAGUGUGAUGCGACAGGAAGUGUCCGCGUACCAGAACAAGCUGCGCGAGCUGGACAACAAGCAGCAAGAACUGAUCAAGGACAAUCUGGAAUUGAAGGAACUGUGCCUGUAUUUGGACGAGGAAAGGGGCAGUAAUUCGCUGUGCGCCAAUUGUGGCAGUGUUCCCGCGAAUAAUUUACGGGACGACGGUGAUGGUUCCAGUUCUAGUACGAAUGCUGACGAGCCGGCGGUUCCGCAGCAAUUCACUAAUGGGGAUCCACCCAGAAGGAGUGCGAGUCGCGAGAGGUUGCUCCAUGAGAAUUUGGCGAGGCAAAGAAGUACUUUUAACGACCAAAUAAUGCAGUACGUGAGAAGUCUGGAGCAGCGCGUGAACCAACUGGAGGAGGACAAGCGCGCGCUCACCCACAAGAUAAACCAGAUCGCGUCAACGACAGGUGACCCCAGCAUCGCCAUACCGCCGGACAGUGGAGUCGGCGUGCUGUCCGGACGUCCGGAGGCGGUUGUCCGUGCCCUCCAGGUUCUCGAGGUCAGAGAGCAGUUGGAGAGGGAGUGUCGGGUGCCGGACAGGGCUGAUCCGAUACCCGAAACGGACAUGGACGAUGGCGAGAAGGCUUUGGUCCGCGAAAUGUGUAAUGUUGUUUGGAGGAAACUGGAAGAAACACCGCCGUUAAGACGAUAAGGAACAUGAAAGAAACACGACAAUAAAUUUUCAAUCAAUCCUUUUUAAAGCUUUAAAUAUUACUAUGCUGAAAUAGGUUUGAAAACAUCACGAUUUAUAUUUUCUACGCAUUUUCAAAUUCAAUUUACGACGCAAUUCAUUUGCGUUGUAACCGGAUAUUUAUCAAGUGGCGUGGAAAAUAUUUCGACAUGAUCAUAUUGAUUCUUGCCCCAGGUUAAUUUUUCAUUUAUGUAAAAGUAUUAUUGUUUCAGAUUGUAUUUAUUACCUAUUUAAUUUUAAUUUUAGAUUUAUUUUGUUAUUUUUGUACAGAAAUAUUUAUGUAUUAUGAUUUUUUAAAUAUAUCUUAUUAAAAUU